AAGAUUUACAAAAACUGGCUUUUCAAGAAAAUGAGGAAGAUAUCAAAGCAAUUAAUUUUGAUCACAGUGAUAUUGAAACAAUUAUUUCUGAUUAUAAUAAUACUGAAGAUAAUGAAAUUGUUUAUUUUACAAAGAACUUGGUAAUUGAUAUAAUUUAUCAUAUGCUUACUCUUAUGAAAUAUCUGCCAACUAGUCAUAAAGGUGUAACAAUAGUUUUUAAUACUCAAGAUUGGAAAAAAACUGAAUCAGCAUUUAAUGAUAUUCAAUAUGCAAUGGGAAAACCUGGUGGUGAAACUGAAGUUUUUUGUUCUGUCUUAAUAUCAAAGUCAAAAAGAAACUUGAAUUUGUUUUAA